UGACAGUUUUUACAUUGAUUGACAGUUUCAAAUUUGAUUGACAGUUUCAAAUUUAAUUGACAGUUUCAACUUUGAUAGUUGUAAUGUUUAACUCAAGCACACAGUUAAAGAAUUGGACGUUUGAACAUGAAGAAGAAUUGAUAAAGUUAAGAAAUAAUGCAAACACGAAGUACAGAACGAGUUACUGCGAUGUAAACAAUCAUGUGACACCAGACGCUGAUACUUUUUUUCUCACUGUGAGUGAACACUGUUUCCUAGUCCAACAUUACGAACGUAAAUUGCAAGAAAUUUGUUGGAAAUUUAAACCCCCAAUGCCACUUAAUGUUGUUGGAACGUCUUGUAUGUAUUUGAAGAGAUUAAACCUUCGCAAGUCUGUUAUGGACUACCAUCCAAGGCUAAUGCAUUUAGCUUGUAUUUGGCUAGCUUGUAAGACAGAGGAGUUUAAUAUAUCUAUGGAUCAGUUUGUGCAGCAAGUUGCACACGGCAAUGAAGAGAUUGGUGAUGCUAUUCUUACUAUUGAACUAAUUCUAAUUCAGGAGUUAAACUUCCACCUUACCAUUCACAACCCAUUCCGACCUUUAGAAGGAUUUCUUAUUGAUUUAAAAACUCGGUAUCGAAAUUUAGAAAACGCUGAACAACUGAGAAAGCCGGCAAAGGAUUUUUUAGUUCGUUCGUUAAACACUGACGUUGGACUUUUAUACGCACCCUCACAACUAGCACUGGCUGCUCUGCUCUCUGCUGCCUCCAUGAGGAAUUUAAACAUUGACCGUUACGUCACAUCAGUUUUGUUGGUUGGCCAGCCACAGACAGUACUUGAACAGACAAUUCAGCGAAUUAAAAAGAUUCGAACCAUUGUAAAAAAUGCUGUGUCGGCGCCGUUGCCUAGCGACCAAAUUGAAAUUUUGGAGCAAAAGCUGAGUCAUUGUUACAACAAGGAAAAAGACCCGACUAGUUACGAGUACUCUUGCUUACAACAAGAAAUUGAGUCGCAGAAAUAUGAUAAACAAACAAAGAAAAGGAAACUUGAGCAUGAACGAAGACGGAAAAUUGAAACUGAAUUAUUAGGAUUUUGAUUUAUGAUAUUACACGUUGUUAAGUAAUAUAGUUCCUUAGCUUUCUGAAGCAAAUACAGUUCAUUUUUAUGACUGAGUAUCGGUUUGUAUGUGAAUAAAUACAGGGACCACAAAAUGGUUUACAGUUUUGUUCUUAACAAUUAUGACAUAGCUUGUAGGCUAAAAAUCAAUAUAAAUAAAAUUUAUAUUAAAAUAAGAAAAAUAUGGUUUAAAAUUAAAAUGAGUCCUGUUAAAAGUUGUGCAUUUUACUUCUGGUAAAAAGGUCUUUACAUUUAAAAUAAAUCUGAAAUUGAUAAAUUGAAAUAUUUAUAUCAGUACAAUUUCUUUUUCAUUGCACAAAUAUGGCUGGAAGAAAUGACCUUUUUUGCAUUCUGUAUUUUCUCUGAUAACUUGUAUGUAAUGUUUAAAUUAAAGUAAAUGUUAAAUACAAUGUCAACUUUGCAUUGCA